AUGUGCGAGACAGAGGCCGCUGAAAAGGCCCGAGUUGUGGAACGGAGAAGGAAUAUGAAGUUGAAUAAGGAGGUUCUCGAGCUGAACGAGGAUCUCCACAACGUUAGGCGUCUAUUUCUGUACAAUGAAGAGCUUAUACGCCAACCUCAAACACUACUGGAGGAGGCGCAAGAUAAUACAAGCUCUUUGCGGAAGAGCUUGUAUUAUCUUGUUUGA